UGUGGCCUUCAUGCUCUCCUGCAGGCCUCCCGGUGAUUGCUGGAAUGGACAGCUCUCUGACAGGCUGCGCUAGGGCCGAGCACUUCCACGCCGCCACUCCUCUGCUGGAGAGCUGGGCGCUUUCCCAGGUGGCAGGCACGACUGUCUUCCUCAAGUGUGAGAAUGUGCAGCCGGCCGGUUCCUUCAAGAUCCGGGGCAUUGGGCAUUUCUGCCAGGAGAUGGCCAAGAAGGGAUGCAGACACCUGGUGUGCUCCUCAGGGGGCAACGCAGGGAUUGCUGCUGCUUAUGCCGCUCGGAAGCUGGGCAUCCCUGCCACCAUUGUGCUCCCAGAGGGCACCUCCCUGCAGGUGGUGAGGAGGCUGCAGGGGGAGGGGGCUGAGGUUCAGCUGACCGGAAAGGUCUGGGACGAGGCCAGUCUGAAGGCGCAAGAGUUGGCCACGAGGGCUGGUUGGGUGAACGUCCCUCCAUUUGACCACCCCCUGAUCUGGGAAGGCCACGCCAGCCUGGUGCGAGAGCUGAAGGCAGCACUGGGGACCCCACCGGGGGCCCUGGUGCUGGCAGUAGGGGGUGGAGGGCUCCUGGCGGGGGUGUCAGCUGGCCUGGCAGAGGUGGGCUGGCAGCAUGUGCCCAUCAUAGCUGUGGAGACCCAAGGGGCACACUGUUUCAAUGCAGCCGUCAAGGCGGGCAGGCUAGUCACGCUGCCGGACAUCACCAGCGUGGCCAAGAGCCUGGGUGCCAAGACCGUGGCUGCGAGGGCCCUGGCGUGCACGCAGGAACUGGAGAUCAUCUCUGAGGUGGUGGAGGACGUCCAGGCUGUGAGCGCCGUGCAGCAGUUCCUGGAUGACGAGCGCAUGUUGGUGGAGCCUGCCUGCGGGGCAGCUCUGGCUGUCAUCUACUCAGGCCUCCUGGGGAGACUCCAGGCUGAGGGCCGCCUGCGCCCCUCCCUGGCCUCGGUCGUGGUCAUUGUGUGUGGAGGCAACAGCAUCGAUGGUGGAGGGCUGCAGGCUCUGAAAGCCCGGCUGGGUCAGAGCUGAGGGCUCCUUGUCUGGGAUGGACACCCCUGUAGCUGGCUGAGGCUUGCUCCCUGUGCUCAUGGCUGGCGGUGGAAGCUGCCCCCUGCUUCUGUACGAGCUGCCUCCUGCAGGAAGCCCUCCUGAAAUGCUUCCCUUGGCUGCCCUGCAGCCCUGGCCAAUAAACACUCUGCGUUGAAUUUGUAAGUCCAGCCGGUCCCCUCUUUCUGGCUUCGUGAGCUCAUAGAAGGCACACAGCAACCUCGAGGCUGGCUCCGCAGUGAAGAGACUCUACAUCCCAUAGCUUAGGCAAUAAAGCCAAGGAUUCAAACCUUGGGUCUCUAAGACAGUCCAGUCAUGCUGAAGUCCUGACAGGGCUUCCCUCACCUGGGGGACCUGCCCAGGAGGAGAGGGGGGCAUUCUGUGCAGCUCUGCUCAGGCCCGAGUGGGCAAGGACAAUAUCACCUGGCUUUAUCGAGUGCUUUGUAUGUGCCAGAAACUCUGCUAAGACCUUUCUACUCAUUGCCUUCUUUAAUGUUCACAAAGGCACUCUGAAGCAGAAACCAUUAUAUCAUCCCUGUUCUAAAGAUGGGGAAACUGAGGCACGGGGCGGUGACCGAACCCACUCAAGGUCCUAGUGGCCGCAUGGCCCAGCCAGGCUCAAACUUUGUGAUUUUCAGUAUAACUCUGUAUUUCUUGGA